AUGGACUUUGAGGUGGAAGGCGUAAAGAUCCCGGAGAAGGGUGUUGUUAUUGUCAAGGAUGACUGCUCUACUCAUCCACUGCUCAUUGGAAUGAAUGUGAUUGGUGCAUGUUGGGAUGCUGUUUUUAAGCAGGGGAAGCCAGCUCUCUCCCCCAAGAGAUGGGAGUCCCAGCAGGUGUGGCGAGAAGCGUUUGCUGUGUGCCGGAGGACCAUCGCGACACCACCGGGAGAUGGGUUUUUGGGCUACGAAGCGGAAGCAUGGGGAAUAGCCAGAACCCUAUCUGUGGUGCGAGGCGGGAGGGUCCCUGUCCGUGUCUGUAACCCACAAUUGUACCCAGUCUAUAUAGGACGCUAUCAGAAGCUGGGCCGGUUAUACCACGUGGAGGAGGGUGAUGUUCAGGGAGCCCGUGACCUGAGCCUGACCAUGGGUCCGGAUGGUGUCGUAGAGGUUGGCCUAGUGGACACUCCGGACUCCAAAGAGGAACACACCGAAGAGGGGGUGAACAAGCUCGUUGACUGCCCUCAUUUGACCCAUCAACAACAGCUGGAGCUCCAGGCUCUGCUCCAGAAGUGGAGAAAGGUUUUUGCUACAAAUGAAGAGGAUUUUGGGAGGACUGACUUGGUUCAGCAUCGUAUUCACACGGCAGACGCCCCUCCCACCAAAGAAAGCAUCUGGAGGAGGUUCCCCGCCAAUCCCUCCACAGAACUAAGCGGUGAGGUGGCUCGGCUCACUGCGGCUCUGGAGAUGGCCCCCACAACUCAGGAGCUGGGGUUACACUUGGAGGAGGACUGGAGGAUCUUGCAAGGCGCGGACUGCGAUAUCCACACAGUGGCCGGUUCUCUGAAAAAAAAUCAGCAUAAAUAUGGCAUGUGCGAAAUCCGCAAGGUGGACGGUCUACAGAAGGUGUAG